AUGCAGAAAUCGAGCUCCGAGACGAAGAGUACUGCUUCGGUAUCUGUGUCAACCAGCCGGACAUAUGCGUAUACUUCUGACGGGUCUAUGCGUUCCGCUCCUAACGUUCGCGAGCAUCCAGAGGGAAGCGACGGGAUUGCAAGUGUGGAGCGCACCUUGUCCAGCAGCAGUGCAUCUUCCGCAAACAGUACGAGCAGCAUUGAGGCUGCACCAUUUAGAGCACCUCCGCUUGGAAAUGUUCGCUGGUACGGGCGGCCAUCGCAAGAGCUUAUGGAGGGCUUGGCGCCGCCAAUACAAAAGGCCAUGCCGUGGGGCACGUGGGCUUCUCCCGAAAACGCUGCGCAAGGAACGAGCGUGGGGGCGGUGCGUGAUGGAAACUACACGCCCGUUUCCGGCGGAGACCAAGGUGUCGAGCGGCAGCGGUACUUACCAAAGCAGCUUAACGACGACUGGAUAUUUCGCAAUGGCCCAAGUGUCGCACGACGCUUUCCCGGCGCAAGUCAAGUGCCGAGCGACGCACUUGCUGGGCAGAAAUUUGCGUUGGAACCUUUUAUCCAAAUGGGCGAGAAUACAUUUUUGACCAGCAACGGUACAUUAGCAGCGUCGCAAGUGAACAUGCGACCUUCGCCGCUCCAUACUCGCAUUCCUGCGCCAUCCAGCAUUUACCAUGAAACGAUCACGCAUCCUGAUACUGAUCCACCUUUCUCAGACACGACGGGGCAUGCAACGCAUAGUUACUUGCCUAAAGACGACCGCACUUUUGAUCUCACGCCUGCUGAGGUCGUUCGCAUGGAGGCCCGCGCUGGCUUUGCACGAGCCCCUGCUACGCCAAGCGCACCGAUUCCUUGCGACGAUUCUUGUGCUGGACUGCCCAAAUUCGAGAGUUUGCGCAGCGUGGAUUUGACCGAUGCAGAGUCAAAAAUGCGGAGCUCCAUUCGGUCGUCCAGCAGCACGUUGAAACCGCGUUCUCCUUCGCCUGGUCGCGCUCGCAGUGGCUUAUCGCCGCCCAUCUUGCCACUGCAAACACGGUGCCAAGAAGUGUCGGAGCACGGCACGGCAAAAACCGUAGACUACUCUGGCGCGUCAUCUUCAUCACAGCGUAAAGCGCACAGCGAUGGGCGUCCUGCAUCGCGCGCCUCUGCACACCGUCGGCGCACGCCAAACGACUAUAUAUUUGGCGAGAUCCUUGGCGAAGGCUCUUAUUCUACUGUGAUGAAAGCGUGGGAUGUGUACGACUUUCCUGAGGACGAGCGUGCUGCACUGAGGAACAGGCCGUCGGUGCUGCAGGCAGCCGCCGGCCAGCUGGACAAUAAUACAAUCUCAUUGAAACUAGCCAACGGCAAGGAACCACAGCCGUAUGCUGUCAAGGUGUUGGACAAGGUGCACAUCCUCAAAGAAAAAAAGCAAAAGUAUGUGCGUGUCGAAAAAGAAGCGUUAAGCCUCUUGCACAAUUGCCCUGGCAUCGUGACACUGUACCAUGCAUUUCAAGACCGAGAAAGCCUUUACUUUGUAUUGGAACUCGCUGCCAACGGCGAGUUUUUGCAUCAUUUGCAAAAGCACGGCUCGCUCGACGUGACAUCUGUGACAUUUUACGCUGCGCAACUUGCUGAUACGAUUGACUGUAUCCAUCAAGCUGGCGUUGUUCAUCGCGAUAUCAAGCCGGAAAACAUACUGCUCAAUGAGGAUAUGCGCAUUCUCGUCACCGAUUUUGGCUCGGCAAAGAUUUUGAAAAACACGGCGCAUGCGGAAACGGCAAGCGUGGAAUCAAGCGCCGGCAGUCCUUUUGAAGUCGACGAUAAAGGCUUGCAGCGGUCCAGCAGCUUUGUGGGCACGGCGGAGUAUGUAAGCCCUGAGCUGCUCAACGAUAAGGUGGCGGGAAUCCCGGCAGACUGGUGGGCUUUUGGCUGCGUCUUGUACCAGCUGUUCACAGGACAUGCUCCAUUUCGCGCAGCAAACGAGUACAAAACAUUUCAAAAAAUUUUGCGCCGCGACCUGACUUUCCCAGCGCAAUUUCCUUCCGCCGCUGCACAGCUUAUUGACAAGCUUCUUUCGCUGGAUCCGCAAGCGAGGCCCAAUGCAGCGGAGAUCAAGCAGAGCUCUUUUUUUCAAGGCAUCGACUUUCAUGCAAUUUGGACGGAGUCUGUCCCGCCAAUGCGCACAGGGCUCUUUCGAAAGAGCGGCGGCGAACAGGGCACUCUUUUUCAAGGUCUGCGGGAUUUAGAGGCACAGUUUGAGGAGCUAAACCGCACGCAUACACUCGAUGACAAACCACGACACUCUGAGACGCGUUUUACGCAAAGUGGCGUCAGCGCCGACGAAGAGUCUAUCUCUACUUCCUGCGAGUCGCGCUCUACCAGCUUGACACACAGCCGCACACCAAAUGUGACAAGAGCAGCACCAACUGCAUACAUACAACACGGCACGCAUACGGGCACUUCAUCACCAUUAAGCGGCUCGGAACGAAGGCUUGAAGAGCGGACUACCUUUAUAACGGAACUGUACGACGAUUUACUUCUCUUGCACGAGGUAGUCAAUUUUUCCAGCCCUAUCGUGCUCCGGCGCACAGGUGCAGGGAGCAUGUUCGUCAAGCGUUGCCAGUUGCUUCUCACGAGCUAUCCGCGCCUGCUCUGUGUCCGAGAAGGGGCCCGUACGCUAAAUGUGCUUUGCGAAGUAAUUCUACGGCCGAUUCCUGCGUAUUCUGCCGCAUCUGAAUCCGUGCCGCUUGCAAGAACACGAUCACAGCAUAGCACAUCUUCGCGAAAGGACCAUGGCACUUCGCUUAAGCGCCAACCGUCUUUGCCUUCGGGGACAUGGCAACAGACCAUCUCGAGGAGCUUUUCAAAAAUGGGGUCCAGGGGUGCUGGCGCACUCAAUCGUUGGAAUUCGGUUAUGGGCAUUCGCCCCGAUACGGGUACGCACGAAAGACGAGAUGCAGAGGCGCGUGCAGCAUUUUCUACGGACCAUACCAACUGGCUGUUGGACGUCGAACCGCGCGGCUCAAAAGGCUUUGUGGUGCAUACACCUGCACGGCAACAUAUUUUCCACGAUCCCUCGGGCGAUCCCGUGUAUUGGAUCCAGUGCAUUCGGGAAGCGCAGCACCAGUAUGCUGUGUCACAAUCAUAG